GUCGAGAGGGCGCUAGUUUGGAUUUAUUGGGACGAGGGAUGUUUGGGAAAUUCCUGCUUGUGAGCCAUGGCAAUGGAAGGCCAGGCUGAGAAUAUGUCUGAUAUCCAAAAUUAUCUGGAUAACUUCCAGAAGGAGAUCCAAACCAACCAACAUGAACAAGGGGCAGGUGAAGUGGGCCAAGUGUACAUGGACCAAAAUGGGCAGUAUUUCAUUCGUCAGGAACCUGAGCAGCAAGUCACUAACUCAGGAAGGCCUAAGCGAUCGGUGACGACCCGUGCUGCCGCCGCCGCCGCCGCUGCCUCAGCCGCCGCCGGCACCGGCGGCGGUGACGCGGGCGUGGUGCAGCUGGCUGGCGCGCAGGCCGUGGCCGGAUCGGCCAGCUACCAGACGGUCACCAUCGUGCCCUCGGACGCCAACUCGGACGAAGUCAGCUACGUCCUCAUCGUGCAGCCGGACGCGGAGGAGGGCCAGAAGGAGGAGCAGGACGACCAGGACAUCGGCGUGUACGACUUCGACGACGGUGACGAGGCCGAGCAUGAGGAGGAGGAGUCGGGCGACGAGGACGACAAGCGGAAGCUGUCCCGCAUCGUCACCCGCAAGUCGUCGCAGACGGUGUCCCAGGCGCACAUGUGCAGCUACUGCAACUACACCAGCCCCAAGAGGUACCUGCUGUCGCGCCACAUGAAGUCGCACUCGGAGGAGCGGCCGCACAAGUGCUCCGUCUGCGAGCGCGGCUUCAAGACUCUGGCCUCGCUGCAGAACCACGUUAACACGCACACCGGCACCAAGCCGCACUGCUGCAAGUUCUGCGACGCCAACUUCACCACUUCGGGCGAGCUGGUGCGCCACGUGCGCUACAUCCACACCAAGGAGAAGCCGCACAACUGCACCGAGUGCGAAUACUCGAGCGUCGAGCUGAGCAAGCUGCGCCGCCACAUGCGCUCCCACACCGGCGAGCGGCCCUACCAGUGUCCGCACUGCACGUACGCCUCGCCGGACACGUUCAAGCUGAAGCGACACCUGCGCAUCCACACGGGCGAGAAGCCGUACGAGUGCGACAUCUGCGGCUCCCGCUUCACGCAGAGCAACUCGCUCAAGGCGCACCGCAUGAUCCACUCCGGUGAGAAGCCGUCUUACCACUGCGAGCUGUGCCCGACCACAUGCGGCCGCAAGACGGACCUGCGCAUCCAUGUGCAGAAGCUGCACACCUCCGACCGGCCCAUCAAGUGCAAACGCUGCGGCAAGAGCUUCCCCGACCGCUACUCGUUCAAGCUGCACAGCAAGACGCACGAGGGUGAGAAGUGCUUCAAGUGCGACCUGUGCCCUUACACGUCCAUCUCGCAGCGCCACCUGGAGUCUCACAUGCUCAUUCACACGGACCAGAAGCCGUUCGCGUGUCAGCACUGCGACCAGUCGUUCCGCCAGAAGCAGCUGCUGAAGCGGCACGUCAACCUGUACCACAACCCGAGCUACAUCCCGCCGCAGCCGCGCGAGAAGACGCACGAGUGUCCCGAGUGCGGCCGCGCCUUCCGCCACAAGGGCAACCUGAUCCGUCACCUGGCCAUCCACGACCCGGAGGCCAGCGCCGCCGAGAAGCAGCUGGCACUCAAGCUCGGCCGCGAGACCAAGGUUUCGCUGCUUGGCAACGAGCCGAUGUACCAGGACGAGGACGACAUGAUGACCGAGGACAAGGACCAGGCGCAGAAGAUGGUGGCCGUGCAGGGCCAGGACGGCCAGCAGUACGUGGUGCUGGAGGUCAUCCAGCUGCAGGACGCCAACGGCGAGGAGCAGACGGUGGCCGUGGUGCCGGACUCGGCGCUGGGCCAGUCGGGCACCGGCAUCGACAUGCUGUCGGCCGCCGCACCGGCCGCCGCCAUCGACGCCGGCGCGCUCUCGGCCGAGGUGAACCUGGCGGACGGCCUGCCGGCGGGCCUGCAG